GUGUUUGCUUUCAUACUGUAUAUACAUUUUAACCGUAAUUAUUAGCAAUACUACUGCAAUAAUAUGACAAUAAAAGGCUAGCAUUUAAUAUAUAUAGACUAUACUGUUGUUUGUGUUAUUUGAUUGUUAUUUAACAUUCAAAAUAUUAUCAACGAUUGUAUUGUGUAUUUGAUUUGAUUUGAAAGACAAAAGACAAAGGAAGAAGUAGUAGUAGUCGUAGUGGUUAUCACUGGUAUGUGAAGAUUGUCUCUCAUCGACUUUGAGUGACCACCGAUAUAAGUUGACAACACACAUAGAUAGACACAUGAUGUCGGCCAACACCGAAUCGGUAGUGACCGGCAAGACAUGGGAACUGAGUCUCUACGAACUGCAUCGGACGCCGCAAGAAGUGAUUACCGAUGCAACAGAAAUUGCUGUCAGUCCGCGUAGUCUACACUCGGAACUGAUGUGUCCGAUAUGUCUGGAUAUGUUGAAGUGUACGAUGACUACCAAAGAGUGUUUGCAUCGUUUCUGUCAGGAGUGUAUCAUAACAGCCCUGCGAAGUGGCAACAAAGAGUGUCCCACGUGUCGCAAGAAACUGAUCUCGAAGAGGAGUCUGAGGCACGACCCGAACUUUGAUAUGUUGAUCAGUAAGAUAUAUCCGUCGCGGGACGAGUACGAGGCCCAUCAGGAAAGGGUUUUGGCCAAACUUAACAAACAUCACUCACAAAAUUUUGUCAACAAUAUCGAAGAAAGCUUACGAAUACAAUCCCUGAACAGAGCCCAACGUUUCAAGAAGUUUAACGACGAAUCGUUUACCGAUAGACCAGACUCUCCCCAAUCGAUGAGCGGUGAUUCGACACCAUUGACACAUAAAAAGAAGUUUAAAAUAUCUGAAAACGAGUCAAAUUGCGGUUCAAAUCAUGAAAACGAUGGCAACGACACAGAUGGUACCGAAACAGAAAGAUCGUCAUCGAGUACACCGCUAAUGGAUGUACAAAGUCCGCCACAUUUUCCCAUUUAUCACGAAAUUGAACUCGUCUUUAAGCCGUUUCCACAGCCGGGCGGCGACCAACACGAUCAGGUGUUGACACAAACGCGUUAUAUUAAGACGACAACCAACGCAUCGGUCGAUCAUUUAGUCAAAUACCUGUCGAUGAGACAUAUACUCGACUGUUCCAAUGGCGGAACCACCCAGAAGGACGUUCGGGAGUCAUCGAGCGAUGCAUCGUUAUUCACCAUUUCGAUAGCUUCGGGCAGUCCUGGCGAGUAUAAGAUGCUGUCCGGACCUAUGACUUUGAAUGAGAUCAACGAUAAGUUUUGGAAAGUUAACCGACCUCUGGAACUGUUCUACGCUUACAAACUCGAAACUGUUUCUUGAGUUGUCUCUUUAGAGGGCAACCCAAUGGAUAAAAAACCCCUUUUCAGCCGCCCACCCCUCCCCUUUGGCUAUUGUUUCUCAUUUGAACACACAUUUGACUCACACUCACUAUCAUAUAAUCAUUUAACUUUUGUAUUUUUUUUGUCCAAUCAUUUAUUUACCGCAUUUACAUACGGU